CAUUGUGUUUCCCUACGUCUAUAUAUAUAGCUUCUUAAAUCAUUAUACACUUGCCAACCAUUCUCAUUUUGCAUCAACAACCCACCUUUCUUUGCUUCACUAAAGCUUUCCUUUUAUUAUUAUUAUUUUUUUUUUGGGGUGGGUUGGGUUCAUUGUUAUGAAGGGUGGUGAGGUUAGGGAAUGGUUGAUGGUGUGUGUGGUGGUGGUGGGUCUAAAUUUGAUGAAUGGGAAUGAGUGUGAGGCAGAAGCACAAGUACCUUGUUACUUCAUAUUUGGUGAUUCAUUGGUUGAUAAUGGGAAUAACAAUGACCUUGCUACCACCGCCAAAGCUGACUAUUCCCCCUAUGGAAUUGACUUCUCCGACGGUCCAACUGGAAGGUUUUCCAAUGGCAAAAAUUUAGUGGAUGUCAUUGCUGAGUUACUAGGCUUUGAUGAUUAUAUUCCUCCCUAUGCAACUGUAAAAGAUCAAGACAUACUAGGAGUGAAUUAUGAUGCAUCUGCAGCUUCUGGGAUUAGACAUCAAACUCCGCAACUAUCGGUUGGUGGGAGGAUUUGUAUGAAUGAGCACAGUUACAGAAAUACUGCAUUAAUGCAAGUGGUGAACAUACUAGGUCAAUUUCUAGGUUUUGACAAUUUAACUCCACCUUGUUCAACUGAAAGAGGCUCAGAGGGCAUCCUUAUGGGUGUAAACUAUGGAUCAGGAGGUGCAGGAAUUCGCGAUGAAACUGGGGAAGAACUGGGCGAUCGGAUCAGCAUGAAUAAUCAGUUACUAAAUCAUCAGACCAUAGUAUCACGCAUUGCCACCUUACUAGGGGGUGAAGAGGGGGCUGCAAAUUACCUAAGCAAGUGCAUAUAUUCAAUUGGAAUGGGAAGUAAUGAUUACAUUAACAAUUACUUAUUGCCGGAGUAUUAUCCUACAAGUCAUUUAUAUACACCGGAACAAUAUGCGUCUGCCCUAAUUGAAGAAUAUUCUCAGCAAUUACGGACUCUGUACAAGCUUGGAGCAAAAAAAAUGGCAAUCUUCGCACUUGGUCUAAUAGGUUGCACUCCAGCUGAAAUGACUACCUAUGCCACCAAUGGAACCGAAUGUGUGUUGGAGAUUGACAAUGAUGUUAAACUUUUCAAUGAGCAACUCAAGUCACUUGUUGAUGACCUCAAUAAUGAUCUGACUGACGCAAAAUUCAUCUAUAUAAAUGUUACUGAAAUUUCUUCAGGGAAUCUAUCCGCUGUUGGUAUUACAAUUUCAAAUGCUCCAUGUUGCAUUGUAUCCUCAAACAUAGGUAAGGGACAAUGUAUACCUAAUCAAGUUCCAUGCAGUAACCGGAGCAUCUAUGCAUUCUGGGAUGGAUUUCAUCCGACUGAGGUUACAAAUGCAUACAUCGGAACCAGAGCUUAUAGUGCUCAGACUUCAUAUGACGCUUAUCCUAUUGAUAUCAGUAGCCUAGCUCAACUAUAAUAGGGUUUCUAGCUCUGCUGUUAUUUUCUUAAAUAAACUAUGCUUUGGGUUAAAUUAAAACUUGAAACAUUUAUAUGUUUCAUACCAUUGUCCAGUAGUAGCAGGGUGGAGGCACGUCAGGCUCAGGUCAUGUGACCCGCUCAACUUUUGGAAAAUUAUGCU